GGUGCGGAAAUACGUGAAGAUCAAUGCGGGCAACUUGCCCGGGAUAUUAGGGACCCAGGCCUCAUACUGGGCAGGUACAUACAUGUACCGGGUACGCAGCAUGUAGGUAGCAGUCAGCUCCCACCUCGCCCACUUUGCCUUCCAGACUGUUUUUUUUCUGCACGAACCACUGGCUACCAAUCCGGUCUCGUCCCAUCCUACCUCCCAUUCCUAUUCAUCCACAUCUAUCAUCUCCAGCUACCACCUCCACGUCCACCAUCCACACGUAGGUGGAAGGAAUCUAUCUACCCGCUCUCCAGAAACCCCCCCAUCAGUCAAUCAACCCACACCCGUCUGCCCUGCAGCAAAUACUGGAGGUAUUGCUAGUUUGUUGUGACAGGAUCAACUCGAUAGAGAAAUGGCCAUUUUCGUUUUCAUACCUGAUCAUACCUGAUCACACGCUUCUUCUCACUUAGCUAUUGGAUGGUCCCGUCUCCCUGUAUUCACCCAGCUUACUUACCCUCGUCAUUACCUGUCACUUUCUGGCCAGUCUGUUUGAUAAUUAUCUGUCACAAUUCCUGCCGUCUGUCCUCCCACGAAGCCUUGUUUUUUUUUGUUUUUGUCUUCCUCUCCCAAACCUCUCUCCCUCUCUCUCUGUCUCGCUCUCGCUCGCUGUCUGGGUUCUUGGUAGAGUCAACCUUUGCUGCUUGCCCUGCCCGGGGAUCGUUACUGGGAAGCGGAUGUGAGGUGUAGGUGGGUGUAGAACUCGACAAUCGACGGCGAA